AUGAGUGUCUCUGACGACACAAUUCAAAAUAUUCAAAAGUUCAUCAAGAAUCGUCAGACCGCAGAAACAGAGGCAUCGGCAGAACCAUUGGGGGCACCGGCCCUACACGCCUAUGCACGACGGCUGGACGGGACUCUCCAGCAACUGCAGGCACAAGUCCAACACCAGGAAGAAGAACUAAACAAGCUGCGAGAAACCCGGGGUUCCUUCACCCUCACAGACAAGGACGAGGAUCCUUGGACGCGCGUCGCUCAAGCAAGACGCGCCAAGAAGGCAUAUAAUUCUCUCAUUCUUGGCGAAGAUGACCUGCCUAGAACGGACUCUGUGCUGCCAGCUUUGAUUGCCGUGGAAGAAACGUCUUAUUUAAUCAGAGAAGGCAAGGCAUCUCUGCAUGUCAUCGCAGACAAUGUAUCUGCAGAUCGCGAGCGCUUUCGCAUUGAGGAAGCCAACCUUCGUGAUUCUCGUGAAAUUGCCAAUGGACUUCGUGAGCGAAUUCAGCGAAUUCGCAAUGCGGAAAGGCAAAAGCAAGAGCGAACGCCGUCUCAAGUCGCUCGCGAAGUCGUUCGAGAGCAGAAGGCCAGGAAACAACGACUGGAGAAGGCAACCGAAGAUCUUAAGAAGUCAAUUGACAGCUUUAUUGACAUUUCACUAGCACCGAUGCUGGCGGCAGAAGACAUGGGAGGCCCCAAUGUGGGCGAUGACCUUGAAGUGUCCGACGCCACGUUAAGAGCAGGCUACACAGCUAGUGGAAAGCCGAAAAAGCCGAAGGAAGCUGUCGAUCAAACUGACAGUAACCAACAACGGAUCGAUCAAUUUCUUCAACAAAGCACAACUGCCUCUGCUUCCGCAACGAGAAGAGAAACCAUGGCACAAGAGGCACAUGAAUUGCUUGACGGUCUGCUUGAAGCUGGCUCAUCAUACAUUGACUUGAAACGAGACUCGGCAGCCUCGCGCUUCCUAGUGCGAGCCAAAGUGGCCCAGUUUCACCCGCGCGACGCACGUCGUUUACGCCUGAUUGAUUUCGGUCGAUCAUUGGAUGAUCGGGAUUGA